AUAUAUUAAUUAAUCUUUUUAUCAAAUUUCUCCAACCCAAAACCGCCAUUGACCUUCUUUUCGUUUAUCUUCAUUUUUCUCCAAGCUAGCCCACUAACAUUCAAUAUUCUUUCCCUCAGUUUUAUGUACAUCCACAAGCAACCACAUCCUAUUUAUUCCAGGCAACAUUUUAUAGCAGUAGUUGCCCAGGCCUCCGAUACCAUGGAUUCGCCAGUUUUGUUCCUUCUAAUAUCUUUGUCAUUUUCUCUCAUGUCCUCAUCUUCAAGCCUGGAUACCAUUCAUGAAGGCACAUCACUCUCAAUCGAGAAAUUGGAAGACAUUCUGAUAUCACCAGAUGGAGUUUUCUCUGCUGGCUUUUAUUCCGUGGGUGAUAACGCCUAUUGCUAUGCCAUAUGGUUCAAUAAGCCAUCCCGUGGCAAGAACCAGACUGUAAUCUGGAUGGCAAACCGUGAUCAGCCCGUUAAUGGAAAGAGCUCCAAGCUCUCUCUCCUCAAAACUGGUAAUCUUAUCUUAUCCGAUGCUGGAAAGUUGACAGUUUGGUCAACAAACACUCAGUCACUCUCCUCAGUACACUUAUCUCUCUACAAUACCGGUAAUCUUGUACUAAAGAACAUGGAAGGUAUUACUUUAUGGGAAAGCUUUGAUUUCCCAACAGACACCCUUCUUCCCCAACAACUACUCACUAGAAGCACAAGGCUUGUCUCCUCCAGAAGCCAGACCAACUAUUCGUCUGGUUUUUACAAGCUCUUUUUCGAUAAUGACAACGUCCUCCGCCUUCUUUAUGAUGGUCUUGACGUUUCAAACAUAUAUUGGCCAGACCCGUGGCUCGUGAGUUGGGAAGCUGGAAGGUCCACAUACAACAACAGUCGGAUCGCAGUGCUUGAUACAUUUGGGAACUUCAAUUCUUCCGAUAAUUUUACUGUCAUGGCAGCCGACUAUGCGCCGAAGCUUCAUAGAAGACUGAAAAUUGAUUAUGAUGGUGAUGUUCGACUGUACAGUUGGGACGACGAGGGGGAGACGUGGUUUGUGUCUUGGCAAGCCAUUCAAAAACCUUGCAAGAUUUAUGGUAUUUGUGGGGCAAAUAGUUUUUGCAGCUAUAUUGUUGGUUCUGAUAGGAAAUGCUCUUGCCUCCCUGGAUUUAAGAUGAAAAACCUCACAGAUUGGUCUUACGGGUGCGAGCCCGAGUUUCAUCUUUCUUACAAUAGAAGUGAGUCUCGCUUUUUUCAAUUACCCCAUGUUGAAUUCUUUGGCUAUGAUUAUGGGUACUUCCCUAAUUACACAUUGGAUCAAUGUAAGAAUUUAUGUUUGCAACUGAGAAAUUGCAAAGGGUUCCAAUUCACAUUCUCCCAGGAUGAUGGCUUUUCAAAAUGCUACCCCAAGACGUUGUUGCUGAAUGGAUAUCGUUCCCCUGAUUUCCCAGGUGACCUUUAUUUAAGACUACCUAAACAAAAUUUCUUUUCCUACGAAAAGUCUGUACAAGAUUUUACUCUAGUUUGCUCAAGUAAAGGUACUGUGCAACUGGACAGAACAUAUAAAAGAAGCCGGGAAAAUGGGAUAGUAAAAUUCAUGCUCUGGUUUGCAUGUGGAGUUGGAGGACUUGAAAUCAUCGGUAUCUUUUUGGUGUGGUGUCUUUUGACUAGAACCCGACAAGCUUCUAGUGUAGACAAACAAGGCUAUCUUGUUGGUAUCACUGGGUUCAGAAGAUUUUCCUACGCUGCACUCAAGAAGGCAACAAAAGAUUUUAAUGAGGAGAUUGGUAGAGGUGCGGGAGGAAUAGUGUACAAAGGGGUAUUGCCUGACAAUCGAGCUGUAGCAAUCAAGCGCCUCAAUGAACCUAACCAAGGAGAAGGUGAAUUUCUAGCUGAAGUAAGCAUCAUCGGGAGGAUUAACCACAUGCACUUAAUUGAGAUGUGGGGGUAUUGCGCAGAGGGAAAGCACAGGCUUUUGGUGUAUGAGUACAUGGAACAUGGUUCUUUAGCUCAAAACCUGUCAUCGCGUGCACUUGAUUGGAAGAAAAUGUUUGGCAUUGCUGUAGGGACAGCAAAAGGCCUAGCUUAUCUACAUGAAGAGUGCUUGGAGUGGGUUUUACACUGUGAUGUAAAGCCGCAAAACAUACUCUUAGACUCUAACUAUCAACCAAAGGUGGCAGAUUUUGGGUUAUCUAAACUACAAAAUAGAAACAUUGAGAAUGCAAGCUUCUCAAGUAUAAGAGGAACCCGAGGCUACAUGGCUCCAGAGUGGGUUUUCAAUCUUCCUAUCACCUCCAAAGUGGAUGUUUAUAGCUACGGAAUUGUUGUAUUGGAGAUGGUGACAGGCAAGGGACCAACAAAAGGUGUUGAUGCUAUAGAUAGUGGAGGGGAGACAGAACCCAAAAGAUUGGUUGCUUGGGUGAGGGAAAAAAGGAAUGAAGCGACUGCAAUGUCUUCUUGGCUUGAGAAGAUCAUUGACCCAUUAUUGGAAGGCAGUUAUGAAAAAGAUAAGAUGGAAAUUCUAGUAACAGUUGCUUUGCAAUGUGUAGAAGAAGAGAAAGAUGCAAGACCCAGCAUGAGCCAAGUAGUUGAGAUGCUUUUACGCCAAGAAAUUGAUAGUCAUAGUGAUGAUCAUGGUGUUAAUCUCUAAUUGGGAAUGGUGCCCACUCUCAACAAUAACAAAUAGUUGUUUUCAUUAUUGUCAAUUGAUCACAAAUAAGUGUUUUUCUUGUAGCAAUGAAGAUAUGUACUUGUAAGCGUGGUUGUGUGUAAAUCAUCCAACAAAGGGUGAAACUGGAGCCUAUUGAUCCUAAUGGUUGUGCAUGAUGUGUGUUAAUUUAUUUUAUUCUCUCCUUGUUUUCGUGUUGAA